CGGGGCGGCGGCGGGGGCUGCCGGAGGUGGAAGCGGGGCGGCGCCUGGGCGCUGCCCGGUCGGACGUGGAGUUCGGGGGCUCCGCCGGGUGUCCCUCCUCAGGCGAAGGCGGCGGGGCCGGGGCUGACCGGAGCCGUCCUGAAGGAAGUGGCCCAGCAGCAGAAGAAGUCAACGGGAGAAGAAGAUGGAAAAGGGUCCGAUGAACAACAAGAGAAGACAAAAAAGCAGAAUCCUGCCUAUACAAAGAGACUGCUGCAGAUAGUAGGCCUUCUUGGAGCUGGCAAUGGCGUAGCAAUUAUCUACAUCUUUGGUCGUAAUUCCAUGGAUGAAAAUGGUGGGAAGAUGAUCAUGGAGCCCACCAGCCCUAAAUUGUUGCCAGAUCCCUUGAAGGAACCGUAUUACCAGCCGCCUUACACCCUGGUCAUCGAACUCACCGAUGUCCUCCUGCACCCUGAAUGGUCGUUAGUGACCGGCUGGCGCUUCAAAAAGAGGCCGGGCAUCGACAACCUCUUCCAGCAGUUGGCGCCUCUCUACGAAAUCGUCAUUUUCACCUCGGAGACGGGCAUG